AAUUCAAUGUUAAUAUCAAUUAUUAGUUAAAUUGUAUUUGGCAACAUUUCGAAAUAUGAUUUGUUGCUAUACCACAUUUCAUGUCGCCUGUGAACGUAAAAUAAGGUAAUAAAGCAAUGGCAGACACGGCUAAAAAGGCCACCAAAACCGUGGCAAAGAAAGGUGUUAAAGAUGAAACGAAAAAGAAAAGACCUCGCUGUCCAAGAAAUUACAAGUUACCGGGUGGAGUAUGGCGAUAUUCCCGUUCAAGUAUGUACAGUCGCAGGUGUCUAUACAAAAUUAAGAAAUCAACAACGCCUAAAGAAAAGCCUAAGCGAAAGCCAAGAUAUGUUAAAAAGCCUAUUGGUGGCGAAAAAAAUGGAGGUUUUCGUAUUGUAAAACUGAAGAAAGAGAAAAAAUUUUAUCCUACUGAAGACAAGCCUAAACUGAAGAGGACAAGAAAGAUGGUGCCUUUUAAGAAGCAUAAACGCUAUUUGCGAUCAAGCAUAACACCUGGAACCAUUCUAAUAUUAUUGGCUGGUCGACAUCGUGGCAAGAGAGUUGUUUUCUUGAAGCAAUUGGAUACAGGAUUGCUGCUUGUGACAGGCCCACUUAAGGUGAAUGGAUGUCCUUUAAGAAGAAUAAACCAGAUCUACACUAUAGCAACAUCUACAAAGCUUGAUAUUAGCAAUGUUAAAAUUCCAGAGCAUGUAGAUGACAAAUAUUUCAGAAGGAAGAAGCCCCAGAAAAAGUCAAAGAAAGAUGAGGAAGAGAUUUUUGAUACCAAGAAAGAGGAGUACACUGUAUCAGAAGAACGCAAGAAGGAUCAACUAGAGGUUGAUCGUCAGAUCAUUGAUGUCAUCCGCAAACAUCCUGAGAGGAAAUUUAUGUUCCACUACCUUCGAGCGUUGUUCUAUCUACAGAAUAAAAUGUAUCCACACAAAAUGUUGUUCUAAAUUUGCGAAGUUCAAGAUAAAUAAAAUGAAAAAGACUCAUAUGAAAUUUU